CCUGUGUUUUGCUUUUUUCCCUGAAAGUGGCGGAUGUUGGUUGAGUGACAACAACAUGUAGAAAAAUGUCGCUUUUUCGUCUCGGAAAAGUGGUAAUUCGCUCUGUAUUUCGGAGGUUUGAGGUCCUUAGAGAAGUACCAUAUAGUAAGGCAAACCAAGUACCUUUACAUAGCCAGCAAACGAAAGCAGUUGCCCACUAUGGUCAACAUAGUGGACUGGUGUCUGCCCCAAACACAACAAGAUCAAGUUUUCUGACGUCUUCUUUAACCAGAGCUGCUUAUCAGGGCUUUGUGCAAGGGAGGUCCAGUCUGAUUACAAACUAUGGCUCCAUUUUUAAGGGCAAUGCAAUAUUUCGUCUUAUGAGAAGGGGGGGAAUCCAAGGUCCAUUAUUUGCAUUCCUUGGUUUUGUUUGCUCAGCUGACCUAAAUGUGAAGACAAAUGAGUGCAGAGAAGAAGAAGAAGAUUUCCAGAGACUGUACCAGUGGAUGCAACAUGGACUACGGAGCUCUCAAAAAGAAAAGAGCAUAACUAGCCAGCAGGAUCACAAGAACUUGCAGUUAUCUGACUACAAGAUUACAGAUAGACUGGGAAAGCCGUCAUCCAAUUCUGCUGUGUACAAAGCUAACAGAAAUAAUGAAAAACUUGCUGUGAAGAUGCUUUUUAACUUUUGCUCUUCAAAAACAUAUGAUCUAACAAGGAAAUUUUCAAAAGAACAAGAAGUGCUUAGCAUUUGCAACAAGGAAGGGGAAGAACAGUCUGAAGACUCUAGCUACAUCAGAGCGACCCCACACUUCAACAUCCUGCCAGUACUCCACAGCUUUUUGGAUUCAGUUCCAUGCCUUCCAGAUGCGAAGGAAUCAUAUCCUGCUUCCCUCCCAUCCAGACAUGAUCCUUCUGGCAUUGGUAGAAACAGGACAAUGUUUACAGUCAUGCCAAGGAUGGAUUGUACUGUGGAGGAAUAUAUAGCAUCUCACACCCUUUAUACAAGAACAUCAACACUACUACUCUUACAACUCUUAAAUGGCAUAUCUCACCUCUGUAGUCUUGGUAUAGCACACAGAGACCUGAAGACUGACAAUCUGCUGCUAGAUAUAUCUACCCUGGGUUGUCCGAGGCUGCUGAUCUGUGAUUUUGAUUGCUGUUUGGCUGAAAAGAGGUUAGGGAUGAAGCUUCCAUUCGUGACUCAAGAGACUGAUCGUGGAGGGAAUCUGGCUCUGAUGGCACCAGAGGUUGUUACUGCACAGCCUGGUAAUGGUGUAGUGAUUGAUUACAGUAAAGCUGAUGCAUGGGCUGCUGGUGCAAUCGCUUACGAACUUUUUGGAUCACCAAACCCCUUUGGUCUUGAGAGACUAGACAGUAGUUUGUAUAAAGAGACAGAUCUACCACGCCUUAAGAAUGCCCCAGGAGCUGUUCGCUGGGUUGUUUCUAAUCUACUUCGUCGAGAACAGCACGAGCGCCUCUCAGCAGCUCAAGCGGUCACCAUCUUGUAUGUAUUUCUUUUUGCACCUGCGUGGUGGUUGCGUGACCGAUUUCUUGUCACGCAAGGUGUCGUCCUCAGAUGGCUUCUUGAGAGCUCGACGAAGAUGCUGGCUGUAAGAGCUCAAGAGAAGAAAGUAAUGAGUGUUGAGAAAAUGUUGCAGCUAAUGUUUCUGAGUCGAGCGAGUGUUGAAGAAGUUAUUGAUGCUGUUGCUGUUGUCCGCUCACUGCAAAACAACUAACGAGCGGCCGAAAAAAUUGAAGCUUCGAAGAAUUUUUAGUACUCUUUUACUUCGCUUAAAAUAGUGCCCCUUAAACGUUCUACAAAUGAUUCAAACCCUGAUGAAUUAUUUAUAAUUCUUCAGAAUUGGAAGCUUCAGUUUUAGAACGUUCUAGCGCCACAGAGGAUUUGCCAGAAUUCUCCAGAACCUUGCAUGAACCUUUAGUAAUAAAACCUGGAGAAAUAGUGAAAAAAUGUAAUCUUAUCCAAAUUAUUAUCAGUAUUGUCGCCUAUUUAGUCUCGUAAAUCUUCGUAUUAUGACUUAAAUUAUUUUUAUUUCAUAGUCGUUUUUCACCAUAAAAAAAACUUAAAUUGAGAUAGUUUUAGUAGUGUUAAAAAUUUGAAGAACUUCUUAUAUUACAGUUCGGAAAGUAGUUUAUAAUAUUGUAAAACAAUUGGGUUUCAUUGAAUUUCCUGUUAUGGAUCUAUACUGUAUAAUUUAAGAUCCUAAUUACCUUCAGACAGAGUGCAUUUAUCUAUCUUUUAUAAUAGAUUAAAAACAGUUUAAAAAAAUUAAAAGAACUACUCUUUCUCACAAGCACUGCUAAUACCUUCUCUUUUUACGGUUUCUUUGUUUACUUUUCUUCUCUAUGUUUAAAUAAAAGUCCAAAAUGUUAGACUAAAGCCUUAUAGAAUCAUGUAAGAACUCGUUUCUUCGGUCGUGGAAAGCUUGAUGGCUCGGCCAACGAGUGAUCCGGGUGAAAAAAGGCGAAUCCUUGCACAUUUUAACUUUUUUAACCAAUGGUUGUUAGCAAGCUUUGCCUCAUUUUGUAUAUGUGUAAUUUUUUCUAACAGUGAAUAAGAAGUUGGAGAAUUUCUUACACUUUAAGCAAACAGAUGGUCACGGUUCUGUUAAAUGAAUUAUAAACAAGGUCUGAAUUCUUUUCAUUAAAGGGCGUUUUAAUUGAGGUA